AUGGACCAAGCCGCAGGGUCUGGUGCAACGCUGGCAACGAUAUUGCAGCACUGGAGUCAACGUGCCUCACCUAGAACAGCGGGUGCUGUGCCUUUAUCUGAUGUGUCACCACAGGAAGAGAAGAAUUUCAGGGUCGGCGUGAGAGAAUUGCAGCCCAGCAGUAGCUCGGAAUCCUUUCAAAGAACGCAGACAGAACAACCCUUGAAACGAUGGCCACAAGAACCACUUCCGAUCACCAAUGAGCCUGUCGUCGAGCGAUUCCUCGACCUCUUCGAUGUCAUUCUAUGUAUCCUACCUUGUGCUUUGCUCGUUAAAGCUGGACUCUGUGUGUUGGCAUCGCAGCUUGAUGCUGAUAAUAAAGGCCCAUACAUCGACAGAGCCACUCAACUGACAACCCGGCUGAUUGAAUUCAACGGCCAGCUUACCACAAUCUUCACCAUCAUAUUUAUUCUUAUCGUGUCAACGACUGUCAGAAGAUUCGCCUUGUGGAGGGCAGAGAAAGGAGCAACGAUCGGUGAGCUCGAACAACUUCAUGCCUCCAUCAGUCUGCCAGCAACCCUGAAGGCCAUCUGGUCUCUUCGAGCAUUUACCUUCACCAGUCUUGGGCUUGUCUUCCUGUGGUGCUGGUACUAUGCCGGUUCUCAAGCUUCGCCGCGAGAGUAUAGCUAUCAAAACUCGAGUCCACUUCAACACGUCAACGUGUCUUUCCUCGGGCCUCAAGCAAAAUCUGCAUUUCAAGAUGGUAUUAUCGCCAACAUGUCGAAAGUGAGGAUGACUGACAUGACGGCGCGAUACCACAUGUACAGUCAGUUCACAGCUGGCACGCAAAAGGACGACGCUGAGGACGCCAAAUCCAUCAACGGUGCCGAUAUCUAUGGGGCAACUCUCACGCCCUGGUAUGGACCACCCCGGGACAAGACUGAUUCAGAUAUGAAGUUUGAUUCAGAUGGAUGGCUGGAGAUCAAGGAGAUGUCUACGCAGCCGAUAGUCUCUUCGAUCGGUACAUCUCUUUAUCGCAGAAAUAUGUCUCAAGCAGCGGGCGAUCAAUGGUGGCCAUCAAAGAUGAUCGGUUCAUACACUUACAAUACUUCCAACUGGCAAGCGGAUUGCACUGCCCCCGAAGUCAAGAACGGCACUAGACCCGUGGGACUACUCCCGGUACUGUCAACAGGCAUGAACAUGAGCGCCCCAUCUCCAGACGCGAAUGUUCCGAGGCAGUUGACUUUCUGGCACUACGUGAACGACACAGCCAGUUUGCAAGCCACAUGCGAGUUGAGCCGAGUAACAGUCGAAAUCGAAGCAGACUGCACUGCCGCGGUCUGCAAACCAAUACGUAUGCGAAAACUGAAAACGGAGAUGCGGACUCUUCUGGAUGACGAUGUGUUUGCAAAGUCAUUCUUCGAUUCAAUGCUGGUUGCAUGCGGCAUGCCAAAGAGACCCGGCGAUUUCUCCACCUUCGACAACGACAACGGGCUCGUCAACCUGAGAAACGAUCUCAAUGUCCCAAACCGAUUGUCAGACCCCGCCAAACUUGAAGCUGCUGCAAAGGCCGCCCAAUUCCCAAUGUCAAUGGCCAUCACACGCUUCAUGAACACUUACUUCAGCGCCUCCCAAGUCCUCCUCCAUGAGCACGACUUCCAAGAUGCUCUCGCCAUCAACGGCUCUCUCAAGCUUGACAACAACCCGGACUUCUCCUAUAUAUCCAUGGAUGGCGCCAAAUUCGAGCCCCAAUAUACGCUCUCCUGGCCGUGGCUGAUGGUAGACUGCAUCUCGAACGCUGUCCUCCUCGGUGCGGCAAUCUUCGCGUUCUGGCUGCGCAAGAAGACGCUCGCACCCGACAUCUUCGGGUUUGUGUCGUCGCUGACUCGCGACAACCCGAACCUGCAGCUUCCUGACGGUGGCAGUACGCUGUCUGGCAUCGACCGGUCCAGGCGCAUGAAACACGUCAAGGUCAAGAUUGGCGAUGUCGGCACCGCCGCUGAGGUGGGACGCGUCGGCUUGACUGCUGUCGAUGAUGGAAACCCGUUGAGGAGUCCGAGGGACUUGGAGAAGGGCCGUUGCUACCAAUGA